UUGACGACCAGAAGAAAGGUGUCAUAGUAUUUAUAAUUAGCAUAGUUUGUUAUGUGAAAAAACGUACUAACUAAAAUAGCCAAAACAAUAGUUUUUGUUGCUUUGAGAAUUGGGAGAAAUUGAACAUCCAAUCCAGAAUAUUAGCAGAGAAGCAAAUUAUGGUAAACAUCAAAUCUCCGUUUCCUCUCAUCCUUUCCUGCUACCUCUUGGUAUCUUUCGUCUUCUUCCAACAAGGAACAGUCUCUCGUAAACUACUGGGGGAAGAAGGUGGCAAUGGACCAAGCAAAGCGGGAGUAAGGAAAAGUAAAUCACAACCAGCACCAUCUUGGGGUGGCCAGGAUUCACAGCCAGCCGCAUCUAGCCAGGUUUCAAGGACAAGCUCAUCUCCGGUCGUGGUGAAUUCUCGCCAGAUUGCGAACAACCCCACAAACUCAGGAUGGAAUUGCAAAAACUCAACUACUAAUAAUGUUUUCGUGCAAGCGUGUUCGAGUGCCAAUUCCUACAACUAUAACCCCAAUCCAUAAAGUUUAUGUUUCAUUUUGAGAUAAAGUCUGGCGUUGUUCUUUUUUUUUUUUUUUUUUGGAUUCUGUUGUUGUUUGGUAUGUUUCACUCAUACCAGCCAAAACUUAAAUUGCAUUUCAAAUUUUAAGCUUUAGACCUCAAAUUUGCAUCCAUAUUUGGAUUGAAACUUUAUUUUUUCAA